AGGGCGGGGGCCGGCGGUGCGGCGAGGGCGGCGCGCAGCUCCGGCCGCGGCUCCCUCCGGCGCUGUCCACGCUGAGCCGGCCCAGUCCGGGCUGCAGCCAUGGUCUCGGUGUCCUUGGAGAGGUCAAGUAGAUCGAGAACCUCUGCUGCAGACAGGCUUGGGAGGCUGGUGCUGUGCCCACCGGGGGAGCUCGAAGCGUGGGACAUGGACCGUUCAGUGGGAUGUCAAGGCAGCUCUGUCUCUGAGGACAGGACUGAAGCUGGGAUCAAGCGCUUCCUGGAGGAAUCCGAUGAUAUAAAUCUGAACAAGUUCAUGAAGGAUUUCCCGGGAGAUGAAAGCGGCCACCAACCAGAGGCCAAGACCUGGGCAUCCAGGCCCCAAGUGCCGGAGCCCAAGCCCCAGGCCCCGGACCUCUACGAAGAUGACCUGGAUUUCAGAACCUCCAUGUGGCCCCACCCCUCUGACAGCCAGCAGUACUACUCUGCCUCAGCCCCUCUCAGCCCCUCAGCCUCAGCCCGGCCCCACAGCCCGUGGGGCAAGCUUGAUCCCUAUGACUCCUGUGAGGAUGACAAGGAGUACGUGGGCUUUGCGACCCUCCCCAAUCAAGUUCACCGCAAGUCCGUGAAGAAAGGCUUUGACUUCACCCUCAUGGUGGCAGGAGAAUCUGGCCUGGGGAAAUCCACUCUCGUCAACAGCCUCUUCCUCACGGACCUCUACAGGGACCGGAAACUCCUCAGCGCUGAAGAGCGGAUCAUGCAAACUGUGGAGAUCACUAAGCAUGCAGUAGACAUAGAAGAGAAGGGCGUGAAGCUGCGGCUCACCAUUGUGGACACACCAGGUUUCGGGGAUGCAGUCAACAACACAGAGUGCUGGAAGCCUGUGGCAGAAUACAUCGACCAGCAGUUUGAGCAGUAUUUCCGAGACGAGAGUGGCCUGAACCGCAAGAACAUCCAAGACAACAGGGUGCACUGCUGCCUGUACUUCAUCUCACCCUUCGGCCACGGGCUCCGGCCACUGGAUGUUGAAUUCAUGAGGGCCCUGCAUCAGCGGGUCAACAUCGUGCCUAUCUUGGCUAAGGCGGACACACUGACACCUUCUGAAGUGGAGCACAAGAAAUCCAAAAUCCGGGAGGAGAUAGAGCACUUUGGAAUCAAGAUCUACCAGUUCCCAGACUGUGACUCUGAUGAGGAUGAGGACUUCAAAUUACAGGACCAAGCCCUAAAGGAAAGCAUCCCAUUUGCUGUCAUUGGCAGCAACACUGUGGUAGAAGCCAGAGGGCGACGAGUCAGGGGCCGUCUCUACCCUUGGGGCAUCGUGGAAGUGGAAAACCCAGGGCACUGCGACUUUGUGAAGCUGAGGACAAUGCUGGUGCGUACUCACAUGCAGGACUUGAAGGAUGUGACGCGAGAGACACACUAUGAGAACUACCGGGCACAGUGUAUCCAGAGCAUGACCCGCCUGGUGGUGAAAGAACGGAAUCGCAACAAAUUGACUCGAGAGAGUGGUACCGACUUCCCCAUCCCUACUGUCCCACCAGGGACAGAUCCAGACACUGAAAGGCUGAUUCGUGAGAAAGAUGAGGAGCUGCGGCGGAUGCAGGAGAUGCUGCACAAAAUCCAAAGACAGAUGAAGGAGACCCAUUAGCUGACUGUCAGCCCUGGAUAUUUAAAUCUUCUCCUCUUCGUUUUGCCCACGCCGGCCCCUCCCAGCACCAGCUCUGCUCAGGCCCCUGCAGCUACUGCCACUUCGCCUUACAUCCCUGCUGCCACUCAGAGACUCAGAGGAAAUAAAAUUUAACAAAUAUA